CGUAAACAGAUGCACCAGAUGUGUGUCAUACGUAGUGAUUAGCGUCCCUAUAAAACAUGAACAUUCGCUCCGACUCCGAUACAAAGGGAUUAGUCGUUGACACAGUCAAGCUCUCUCAAGAACACGAACUUAGAACAAAAGAUCACCAUGUUCCCUUUCAAGUUAUUGUGUUUAGUACUAUUCAUAUGUACUGUGUACGUUGAAUCUAAAGCGUUAACCACUGUAGAUGAAACGGAGCCUCUUAAAGAAAUCAAACAGAUAGCGCCUAAGAUAGACGACGGAGAAAUGAUGGAGGGAGCGGAGUCUCAAAACCCGUUCUUACCGCGAUUUGCUAUGAAAAAGCUUCGGGAGCGCAGUGAGAAGGCUAACGCUCAGAGAAGAAUGUAUCAAGACUCGAGGAGGAGAUGGAAUGCGCCACAGAGGGUGCCGUGCCCAGACAGAUAUUACUAUUAUUAAAUAAAAACGCAAUGAAGUUACUAAUAAGUUUGAUUUUAACGGCGGGUGUCGCCUGUGUGAUUGCAAGUCCUGUUACUCAAGAAGAAAGUAUAAUCAUAGCGAAAGAAUCACCUUUAACAGAGGCAAGUGAAUCAGAAAUAAAGAUAGAAGAUGCAACUGUGAACAAAAGUGACACGGAACCAACCAAGGUAGAAAUAAUUACUGAACAAUUAGUGCCCGAACCUAGUAUUGUCGAGGAAGCUCCUAAAUUCGACAACGGAGAAGUUGAUAUAGUGAUCGAAGAAAGUGUAGUGACACCUUUGGAUGUUGUAUCUGACGAACAGAAUGAGGUCAAAAUUGACGACGACGACUACUUGCACCCAGGGGACCAGCUUAUUGACAAUAUUUUGGCUGAAAGAAUUAAAGAUGAAAUAAUGGACACCGCCGAAGGAUUUGCACCACUUCCACUACAGUUGAGAAAGAAGCACAGACAACCUGCGAGACAUAGGUUUGCCAUCCGACGCCGUUACCCAGCGUACCCGUACCCAUACACGCCGUACACGCCGUAUAGAAGAAUCUCAUAUUACAAUCCCUACUACUAUUAUCGUCCUAGCUCUCUAAGAUUCUAUUAAUGUUAAGCUGUAUUCUUAGGUUAAAUUAAUUUAUUGUAAAUUAUUUUAAUAUAGUGUGAAUAAUAAAAGGAAACACGUAA